AACUGCUCCGUGCUCUUUUUGCUUCUUCUCUUGCUGGUGUCGCGCUCGAGAAUCCCAAUUUGACUGACCAACCCAACCUUCCCGUUCUCCUGACCGUUAAUACGCGCACUCGACUUAGCCCAGCAUGAAGUGGACAGCAAAGUCUGCUUUCCUCGCCCUCUCGGCGGUGGCAGAGGCGGCGCCCCAGUUCGGCGGCAUCGGCCAAAUGACCAUGCUGCGGUUCGGCUGCUCCCAGGUAGUGAUCGACCGGAUCGACCCUCUGGUCAACCCGGGCCAGGUGCCCUCGCCGCACAUCCACCAGAUCGUCGGCGGCAACGCCUUCAACGUCACCAUGCCCACCGACGACGUCUCGGCCCACGCGUCGUGCACGACUUGCCAAUUCUCUGAGGACUUCUCCAACUACUGGACCGCCAACCUCUACUUCAAAGCUCGCAACGGGAGCUACAAGCGGGUUCCCCAGGGCGGCGCUGCCUACCAAUUCGGCGACGUAUUCAGCACCCAGACUGAUGGCGGUAUCCUCGUCUAUUACGUCUCGCAGCAGCCGGGCCGGGUCACAGCCUUCAAGCCGGGCUUCCGCAUGCUCGUUGGCGACCCCAACAUGCGCUCGCGCCCCGACACCAAGCUGAAGCGGCAGAACUGCUACCGCUGCUACACCGGACCCAACUUCGGUGGCGACAUCGGUGCCCCUUGCAUGGACGACAGCGUCGACAGCGAGGCGCUCCCGAACAAGCCCUGCCCAGGUGGCAUCCGCAGCAACGUCCUCUUCCCUACCUGCUGGGACGGCAAGAACCUCGACACGCCCAACCACCAGGACCACGUGGCAUACCCGACGACGGGUCCCGAGAACUUCCUCUCGAUCGGCGGCAACUGCCCGUCGACGCACCCGGUGCGCAUCCCGCAGCUCAUGUACGAGGUCGUCUGGGACACGACCGGGUUCAACAACCAGAACGAGUGGCCCCAGGACGGGUCCCAGCCCUUCGUCCUCAGCACCGGCGACCCCACCGGCCUGGGCCAGCACGGCGACUACGUCUUCGGCUGGCAGGGCGACUCGCUCCAGCGCGCCAUGGACACGGCUGGCUGCUUCGGCGCCCGCUGCGCCGACCUCAAGACCCAGACCAUCGAGUCGGCCAAGGCCUGCACCGUCAAGCAGGCCGCCAAAGAGAACUACGACGUCUGUACGUAUCUUCCCCUCCCCUUGCUUGAUUCGUGUCUUCUCUUUUCUUCCUCUUCUUCCUCUUCUUCCUCUUCUUCCUCUUCUUCCUCCUCUUCUUCCUCCUCUUCAUCAUCAUCAUCAUCAUCAUCGUCUUCUUCUUCUUCUUCUCUCUACCCUACCUUCCCCUGACAGCUUCUUCUCGGCCACGGGCCUUCGUCGUUCCUGAUUUCGUGAUUGUUUCCCGCAAACCUCCCAGAGCAGUCGCGUGCUGACGCGUGAAUAUAGGGCUCGACAAGCUCCCGGGUAUGGAGAUGUAAAGGCGUGCGUGCGAUGGCUGUCCCUGGGGCCAAAAGGAGGAGAGGUCGGCAGACAAAGGUGGACUUAGGUUGCGAGAGAGAGAGAGAUGGGUCCUUUUCGAAAUCUUCUCGAACCCAGCCGGCUUCUCGGCACAGGGACAUAUCAGUAGACCUCCCAGAUUGUGUUGUUUCGUUUCCUUGACCAGCGGCGUUUGGUAAUUGUUGACUCGCCGUUUCUCUCACGUCGUGGAAGAUACAAU